AUGGCGGGCCAGCAGUGGCCCUUACCGGAGCCCCACAAAAGGUGGCUGUUAAAGUCGGACCUGAGGAAGAAGGCGCUCAUAGAGUCGGGGCUGAUCAAGCCGUGGCAGUCAGGGCCGAAGCUGGACAAGAAGCCAGAGCCCAGCAAGAAGUGGCUGCUAGGGCCGGGGCCGCUGGAACCCUUGCCCCUAGGCAUGAAAUGUAAGCCCUGGUUCAAGGACAGGGACAAGUUGCCUUCCUGCUAUUUCUCCAGGCAGAACAACAAGCUUGGGAAGUGCCCCACCUCCAUGGACAGCCGGAGGUGGGUAUUUGUGAAGGAGGGAGUGGAUGACUUCAGAACGGGCUGUCCAUCUACUGAAGAUGUGAUCAUUCGUGGCCCUCAGGAGGGCUUUCUCCCCAUGAUUGCUCAUAGAAUUCCUCGCCCUCCGCCCAAAAAAUUUCACAGGCAGCCGCCCAAGGGAGCAGACCUGUGUUCCAAGCUCUCACUAGCCCAGCAAGCACGGAAGACCUUUGUAGAGAACAUUGAAGCCAGCCUGACCCAGCAUCCCUUGGCGAACUGCCCGAAUCUGGAGGAAGAUCUCCCUCCAGACCUCCUCCUCAAGGUGCUGGAAGUGCUAGAUCCUGACAGGGAGCUGGAGGACACGUGGGCUUAUUGUGAGGGCGCCAAGGAAAGAAAGAAGGCCCCCACACACCCGUGUGAAGAACAUCCUGAGGAGGUCAACCUGGAACCUCCUGGGGCACUGAACCUGGAACCUCCCCAGGCAGUCAACCUGGAAUCACCCUGGAAGUUGAAACUGGAACCUCCCGAGGAGGAACCUGAAGAACAAGCCCACGUGGAAACGGCCAAGGAGAGUCUUCUGUCAUAUUUAUUCAGUUUGUUUCCAAAGGAAGACACAAAUGCAGCAAGCACAACAGAUAUCCCCAAAGAUCCUGUUUUCCAAAAAGCAAGAAGAACAAUUCGUGAAUUCUGCAGAUGGAUCAAUGAUAAAUUUGGAGACAUAGGCAUUGAUGAAGAGUCCAUCAUGAAAAAGUUUGAAAUUAACUUUGAGGGCCCACUCACCCAUAAUACAGUCAAAAUAAAGAAAAUAAACCAGCUUCCUUCGAAUAUAAGGCCCUGCAAACAGCUAGAUGAAAUAAAGCAGAGAAAAUUCUCCCUGCAGGAAGAUGACUGGGAAAGGAAACUCCGCAAACGACAAGACCCUUAUAAACCCAAACGGGAGAAGAUAAGGUAUGGAGCAUGGUACCUGGACCCCAAAUGCUGGAAAAAGCUGGUCAAUGACCAGCCUUUUCCUAACCCUAAAGCCGUCCAUGACAGGGAAUAUUGGACCUAUCGAAGGCAUCUUGAACCAGACGUUAUUGAUGAACUUUAUGGACCAAUUGCCUUCAAAGAUUUCAUUGUAAGCAAGGGCUACAAGAUGCCAAGUGUGAUUGAGAAGAUGUUUUUAAGGAAGGGAUGGAAAUAUGAGUCUGUAAAGACUCCUAUACACCGUGUAAUGAAACUCCUCUCCAAACCCAAAGAGGAUGAUUCAGGGGACGAAGAGGAUUAG